AUGGCUGCUUCAACAAAUGAUAUCAUUGACAUCUCGGUUCCGUCUCAACUUCACAAUGUCAAUAUGUCGAACGUGACUAAACUCACGUCCUCCAACUUUUUGAUGUGGGAUCGCCAAGUUCGUGCCCUGUUAGCCGGCUAUGGGCUUGCCAGCUAUCUUGACGCCACCGUCGCUCCACCGGAUCCCACCAUUCAAGUCAAUGACGUAUCCAAAGAGAACCCGAAAUACGUUCUUUGGCAGAGACAAGAUCAGCUCCUCUAUUCCAGCCUCUUGGGUGCAAUCUCCGUUGAUGUUCAGCCAAUAUUAUCCAAAGCCAACACCUCUGCUCAGAUCUGGCAGACUCUCUCCUCUACAUAUGCUAAACCUAGUUGGGGCCAUAUCAAACAGAUCCGGGAACAAAUCAAACAAUGGAAGAAAGGCACCAGAACUGUUGACGCAUAUGUUCAGGGUUUUACUACACGCUUCGAUCAACUUGCCUUGCUUGGGAAGCCUUAUGAGCAUGAAGAACAAGUCGAUUAUAUUCUAGGAGGGCUUCCUGAGGAUUACAAGCCGGUUAUCGACCAGAUCGAUGGCUGUGACACUCCUCCUUCUUUAUCUGAGCUUCAUGAAAAAACUCAUUAA